AUGGAAUCGAUGGCCGUAGAUGCCGAGUCGGAACCUGAAAUCGACGUGGAUGAAGGAGAUCUGGAGAAAUUGGAGUCAGAUGUGAGGCAGAUGGCCAAGAAGAUCUCCGAGUACAGGGAAACCCUACCGGAUCAUCUCAGGAACACCCUUGAUUCUGCGCUUUCCUCCCAUAGACCCGUUCUGCCCAACAUCGGUUCCGGGUCGGGUCCUCUGCCGCCGUCACGCCUCACUAUCCCAGAAACAGGAGUUGGGCCUGUUGCGCUGGGAACUCGAGAGCAAGACUCUGCAGAGAAAAUGGUUGAGCUAAAGGAAAGAAUGUCGAGGAACGCUGCGAAUAUUCCUAAGGUUGUAAAACGAGCGCGAGAGUGUAUAGAGGGGAUCCACAAACUCGAUUCUUUGGCCGCAACCAUUCACCCGGCUUUCACUAGGCGGAGAAUCAACUAA